ACAUUCACUUCAACUUUGCAGUCAACAUUUAAAGCUGCAUGCUCAACAACAUCUCAUAAUUUACAGCAAAGCAGGAGUUGGACAUCACUGACUUUUUUCCAGCGAACCCAAAGCAGCAUCAAGAGCUAAAUCCAGCUGAACUAAGUAAUAUUUAGAGAACUGCUGAGUCGAGGAAACAGCUGAAUGAUGAGUGCUGCUCAGAGUCAAACAACACUGGUGUCCAAACUGCAGGGCCUGCAGUGCCACUUCACCUGGGAUCUGGACACCAGCAGGGCCAAACUUUUACGUUUAAGGGAAAGGUUUGAGGAUUUUGGCACCGAGGACGGACACAGCUGGCUGGGUCACAUUUACAACCUGCGGGGGUUCAUUGAAUACAAGCUGGGGUUCACUGAAGAAGCCCAGAGUUUCUUCAACAAGGCUACAGAGGCCUUCUGCCAGAUAAGAAAUGCAGAUGAGGGUCCCUGGUUAGUGGUGAACUAUGGGAACCUGGCUUGGCUGCACCACCACCUAGGAGACCCAGCAGAGAGUGAGGCUUACCUGACAAAGGUUGACGCCCUGAUGAAUGAAUAUCCAUCUCCAUCCCAGGACAAGCUCCACCCAGAGAUCUGCGCUGAAAAAGCCUGGACUUUCAUGAGGUUUAGCACAGAUAAAAUGUCGCUGGCUCUAGAUUACUUCCUGAAGGCCAUCGAGAUGCAGCCGGACAUGGUGGAGUGGAACACCUGCCAUAUCUUAGGGUUAAUGUUUGCUUCAGAGCACAGCAGCACAGCAGUGGGGGCUGACAUCUUGGAGAAAAUGAGAAUCGCCAAAGAAAAGGAUCCAGAGAACUUGUACCUCGCAGUUCACUACCUCGACCAAUGUGCUAAGAAAGGAGAAAAAAUUGAAGAUGAAGCACGUGAGCUAGCCAGGGAGGUUUUGAGAAAUCCUGUCAGCUGCUACGGUGGUAUUAAACCAUUACUUAUUGUUUACAGAAAGUAUUUAUCUGUUGAUGAGGCCAUUGAUUUGGCAGAGGAGGUUCUGAGAAACCAUCCAGAUGAGCGUUAUCUGAAGGGAUGUGCUGCACUCUGCUACAGAUGGAAGAUCUUUGACAGUCUUCCAACACAAAGCCUGAUGGACAGAGCAAUCAGUCUCCAUGAAGAGAUGAUUUCUCUUUACCCUCAUUCCUCACUUAAGAAGAAAAUAGACCUUGCACAUAUAUAUGCAAAGUCAACUAAUGGCCUAGCUAAAGCUGAGCAGAUAUACCAGGAACUGCUAGAAAGGGAUCUUGAACCUGUAGACAAACAGAUGCUUUACUACAACUACGCACAACAUUUAAACUUCCAUGGACAGGAUCGCAACAGGUCACUCGGAUAUCACAUGCAGGUGGCAGAGAUACAGCAACAAUCCUUCUUUCGUCAGAAAAGCAUCAAAGUUCUGGUGAACAUUAGAGACAGAGGCGGGGGCAGAAUGUGUAAUAAUAAAACUUGGAUUUGUAAUGCAGCUUAAUUUGUUCUAUCACCUGAAUUACAGCCAAAUGCAACUGAUUGUUUUCAUGUAUGUAAGCUGUGUCUCAGUUGUACACUCUAUAAAUACUAUGAAAUAUACAUUACUAAGACAUUCUGUUGGACGUCAACCAAACUACAACUUUUAAAGCUACUGCCAACAUUAUAUUUGAAAACCUUUAGAGAAGCAAAACAUUAGUUAAUUCAUCGUUUUCCAAAAACUAAAAUCACAGUAACACUGAAUUUUAUGUUUGAGAUUUCAGAAUAAUUCCUUGGAAAUAAUAA